CAAAGUAUAAUCACCAACAAAAAAAAUUACAUUCAUCUCAAAAGAAAAAAUCCCAAGUAUAAUCUCUAUUACAACUGCAUAAUAAGCUUAGAAUAACUUUGUUUCGGGUUUAUUAUUACCAACCAGCAGUAUGUCAGACCAAUUUGAAAAUGAGACCACUGAGGUCAAUGCUAAGGAUCGCGGUCUCUUUGAUUGCUUUGGAAAGAAGGAAGAGAACCCAAAAGAGAAGGUAGACAAGGCAGAGGAAGAAAAGGUCUAUCUAAACAGUAGCAGCUCUAGCUCGUCGGAGGAAGAAGUGGAGGAAGAUGGAGUGAAAAUAAAGAGGAAGAAGAAGAAGAAGGGCCUAACAGACAAGAUCAAGGAAAAGCUACCAGGUCACAAAGAUGAAGCUGCUGCCAUUCCAGUAAGUGAUUACGAUAACCAUCAUCAGCCUACAACUGUAACUGCAGAGGCAACACACCCGGAGGAAAAGAAGGGUUUUCUUGAAAUGAUCAAAGAGAAGUUGCCGGGGCAUCACAAGGAUGACGCUGUUGCAGCUGCACCAGCUUCUGCGGCUUCUCAACCUCCAGUUGUGGCUCACUGUGGGUCUGAUGGGCAAUGUGGGGGGUCACAUGAAGCCCAGGAGAAGAAAGGAUUCUUAGAGAAGAUCAAAGAUAAGCUUCCCGGUGGACAUAAGGAUAGCGAAGAAGUCAAGAAAGACCAUUAGUUGAUCAUCCUCUUGGUACUUUGCUGGUACUAAUGUAUUAUUGUUAUGUCCUAGUGUCAGUUAAGUGUUAAGCUUUAGUAUUCUGCAAUUUCAAUAUUUUCCCAGCUUUGUGUAAUUUGGUUUCACUGUUUUAUAUCGUUAGGUCUUUCUUUUGAAUUCCAGCUUCAGCCAUUGUAUUUUCCCCUUGCAAACCCUGUAUUCUCUGAGUUUUUCAAUGCUUGAGAUUAUGAUUUUACUUAUUUCCAUUUU